UGGCUCAGGGCUCACUUGGGCUUGGAUGCUGUUCCCUUAAGGCACAACAGGUGGAAAUGCAGGGCUAGAAGUAUGAGUAUUUAAAACUGGCUGGCACUGCCCGAGCCUGGCAUCCUGGAAGGAGACAGGACUGACACAUGCACACACACAAGGAGGUCCUGGGGUCAACCACGAAGCCAGGAGUGGUGAAGCAAAGAGAAAGCAAGAAGUACAAAACGGUCUGCAGAAUUAACCUGACGUGGAAUGCAAGAAGAAUGACUUUACUGGCAUUCAUCCUCCUGCUCUCCUUCCUCCCAGCUGAAUCUGCAAAAAGCAGAUAUCCUCCCAAAGCAAGCUUAAACCCAGUGUUCGGACCGCAGCAGGUGUACGGUCUGAUCGAUGGCUCCGUUAGCAUCAAGUGCUUCUACCCUUCCACCACGGUGAACAGACACGAUAGGAAGUACUGGUGCAAGGAAUCCUCCAGGAGCUGCCUGACUGUGAUAUCCACCAGUGGAUACACAGCACGGGGCUACCAGGGCAGAGUCACCAUUGCCGACUUCCCGGAGCAGGGCAUCAUGCUGGUCAACGUCUCACAGCUGGCCCUGGCAGAUCAGGGCACCUACCAGUGUGGCAUCGGGCUCAAUGGCAAAGGGCUCUCCAACAAGGUCAAACUGGACGUUUCUGAAGGUCCAGACAUACCUGAGGAAGCUGAGCUCUUCUAUGUGGAGCUGCAAGGCUCUGUGAGCAUGGCCUGUGACUUCGGGGGGGAUUAUGCCAGCACAAGGAAGUUUUUCUGCAAGAUGGAGAAGAGCGGCUGCCGCAACAUCGUCGAUACAUAUGGGAAAAUAGAUCCGGAUUUCCAAGGGAGAGUCCUGCUGAGCAAUGAUAACACAGAAGGAGCAUUCAGCAUCAUGAUAACCCAGGUGGGCUGGGAAGAUGCUGGCCUGUACCUGUGUGGGGUUGGCUCCUAUGGAGAGUAUGGAAAAACGAAGGAGCUGAGUGUGCACGUCUAUGAGGGGACAAAAGCUCCACAAGAAAAGGACACAGUAUUUGGAAUAAAAGGAAGUUCAGCAACUAUUGAUUGCAACUACGAUCCGACCAAGAAUUACACGCUGAAGUAUUUGUGCAAAUGGAGAACGACGGGCUGUGCUCGGAUCAUAGAUAACACUGGCUUCCUGUCGAUCCCAUAUGAAGGACGAGUGGCCAUGUUUGACAACCCAAAGAAUGGCACAUUCAGCAUCAUCCUGAACCAGCUGCGCAGCAGCGAUGAGGGCUUCUAUUGGUGCAUGACAAAUGAUCACAGGGAGAGGAAAACAUCAAAGGAGCUGAAGAUCAUAGAAGGAGAGCCUGGAUUAACAGGAAAGGAGGAAGUGCAGGCAGAAGUGGGUUCACGGGUGGACUUAACGUGCUCCUACUCAUGCAAGUACUACUCCUAUGAGAAGUAUUGGUGCAAGUGGAGCAGCGAUGGCUGCACCCCACUGACUGCUUCUGACCAAAGCCAACCAGGGCUGGAUGUCAGCUGUGACACUGCCAACAAAACACUCAUCCUGAGCCUCGACCCUGUGACAGUGGAGGACCAGGGGUGGUAUUGGUGUGGGGUGAGACGCAAUGGUCACUAUGGGGAGACCAUGGCAGUGUCCCUGCAGGUGGACGGAGGGGAAGCUGUCAACAUCAGCCCGGAGCUCCUGGAUCUGGAAGCCAGCAAUACUGCUGCUCCUGCUGGGGCUGUUCCGCAGGGCAGAGCCAACAGCGAUGCUGGGGUGCAAAGGGCAGCUGCCUCAGAAAGCUCUGAGCAAAGCUCUGGCCCCAACACUCUUGCUUUAAUCCUUGGCCCCGUUAGUGCAGCUCUCCUGGUCCUUGCUACAGCUUUUGCUGUCUUUAAAUAUCGUCAGAUCAAGCGAUCAGAUCUGGUGUCAGUGGGCAGCUACAGGACCAACAUCAGCAUGUCAGACUUUGAGAACGCAAAAGAGUACGGAGCAAACGACAACGUGUGCAUGAGACAGAGCCAGGAGACCCAGCUGGGAGGGGAUGAAUUUGUCACCACCACAGCCAGCAUUGAAAGCACUGCGGAGACAAAGAAGGCAAAACGGGGCUCCAAGGAGGACGCUGACCUCGCCUACUCUGCCUCUCUCCUCACCCCCAGCACUGUCACCCAGAGCUCCGUGGGGGACAGCACAGCCCCGGCUGAGGCCCCCCCGCUGUGGGGUGGUUCGAUGUGAGGGCGAGGGACGGGGACAUGCACUGGGGGCUGGCUCUGCUAUGGGGCUCGCUGCUAGAGCUCAGCCUGCUGCGCUGCUUGCUGCUGCCCCCAUUUGCUAUUGCUUGAUUUUCCGUCUUUACAUUCAGCUUGGAGCAGAGAUUCAGCCAGAAUCAUAAAGGCUGAGCCCCAGCAUCACUAGCGUAGCCAGGGCCCUCUUCAACGCUCCCAAAGACUACAAGAUGUGUAUUUUUAAAUCUUUUUUUUUUCUAAUCUUCCCCCCGCCCCCGAAAUCCCUUUAGGCCAAUGCCUUUUGCUUUUGAUUCCCCUCUGCUCUCCUGGUCAUAGGGCAGCAGCUGCAGACCAGGAGUGCCUGGGGUUGUUCAUGUCCAAUAAAGAUACAAGCAGCUUUCAGCAGACCAGACGGGCUCUCAGUCUGUGGCAGAGCAUGGGGAAAGCACAGAAUGGUGUUAAUUAAUAUGACAACCCAUUUAACUGAUUAAGAAAUAGACACCAGCGGUCAGUCUCCCUGGCUGGUUUUGUGCUUGUCCAGGCAGAAGCAAUGAUGACUGUAAUUAAAACAGUGUUGUCUCCUG